UUGAAAUGAUUGAAGAGGCAUCUAUGAUCGAUCUUUAAGCAGCUUAUAAAUGCUAUGAAUUUCCAGUUCAGUUUUGUUAUCUCACAGGGAAACAUGAAGCCCCCACUUUUCACCACCCUAUAAAUAACCUCUCAUACCUCAUAGCACUAUCAAACACAGCGGAUUCAAAAUGGCUUCUUUUCUCAGUCUCUUCUACUUUUGUCUCAUCCUCUUCUCAACUUCCUCCACAACUGUUUUUGGAGUUUUUUCAGAGCAAUCCCUUAUAACCAUGUAUGCGAAACGUAUGGAGAAAACCACCCGCUUGCACUUCUAUUUCCAUGACGUCCUAGACGGCACAAACCCGACUGCCAUUAGAAUUGUCACACCACAAAACUUGUCAGUCGGUGGCUUUGGCGCUACGUAUAUGAUAGAUGACCUGUUGACUGAAGGGCUGGAGCCAACUUCAAAGCCAGUGGGAAGAGCUCAGGGAAUGUAUGCUGUUGCUUCUCAACAUGACCUUGGGUUGCUUAUGGUGAUCAAUUUUGCUUUCUUAGAAGGUAUAUAUAAUGGAAGUGCCCUUAGCAUUCUCGGGCGUAAUCCUGUUUUUCAUGCAGUCAGGGAAAUGCCGAUUGUCGGAGGCAGCGGAGUUUUCCGAUUAGCUCGUGGCUAUGCUUUGGCAAAGACAGUGAGGUUCAAUAAAAAAUCUGGAGAUGCUGUAGUUGAAUACAAUGUCUCUGUCUUACACUUCUGAAAGUCCCAAGUUUCUCGCAGUAUUUAGUUGAUUUACCCUUGUUUCAAUGUUGCAAGUCAAGCAUACCUUUAGAGUGUUUUCACCAUUAGAAAGUACUGUAAUUUUUCUAGUUAUGGAGGAAACUCUCACUGUCUUGCACUUUGGGAAGUUCCAAGUUUCUUGCAGUGUUUAGUUGAUUUUCCCUGUUGUUUCAAUGUUCCAAAUCAUUUCUAUCCUUCAGGAGUGUUUGUAGCAUUA